AUGGCUUCUGCUAAGCUUACAUUUUAUGCUCUUCUAUCCAUAGCUUUUUCUCUUUUGCUUCCAUUCCAAAGUCUUGCUGCUGAUGGCAAUAAUACUGCCACAUUAGUUGUAGAUAUUGGUUCUGGAAAGCCAAUCUCCAAACAUUUCUUUGGAGUAUUUUUUGAGGAAAUUAAUCAUGCUGGAGCUGGAGGAUUAUGGGCAGAACUUGUCGAUAAUAGAGGUUUUGAAGCUGGAGGUACAGCACUUCCCUCAAGCAUCUCUCCAUGGACAAUAAUCGGAGAUAGAUCAUAUAUUAAUGUCCAAGCAGAACCUACCUCCUUGUUUCCAACUAAUCCAAUGGCUGUCAAAAUGGAUAUCCAUUGUCCUUCUCCUGCUACAUGCCCUAAUGGCGUUGGUCUUUCUAACCCUGGUUUUUGGGGAAUGAAUAUUGAGCAAGGGAAGAAGUAUAGAGUUGUAUUCCACCUUCGUGCCUUGGGACCAAUUAAUUUGAAAGUGGCAUUUACAGGAGCAGAUGGAAAAGAGUUGGCCUCAAAUAACAUCGAGGCUUUUGCAACUUAUGUUGCACAGUGGAAAAGGUUUGAGACUAUCCUAGAAGCAAAAGCUUCAGAUGUUCAAGCAAGUCUUCAAUUGACAACGAACCAGAAUGGAGUUAUUUGGUUGGAUCAAGUCUCAGCAAUGCCUUUGGAUACAUAUAAGGGGCAUGGCUUUAGGAAAGAUCUUUUUGAAAUGGUGGCUGAUUUGAAACCGAGAUUUCUUAGAUUUCCUGGUGGUUGUUAUGUUGAAGGUGAUUAUUUGAGAAAUGCCUUUAGGUGGAGGGAUACUAUUGGACCAUGGGAGAAGAGACCUGGUCACCUUAAUGAUGUGUGGGGUUAUUGGGUUGAUGAUGGAUUUGGCUAUUUAGAAUUUCUUCAGUUAUCGGAAGACCUUGGCACUACUCCAAUAUGGGUAUUUAAUAAUGGUAUUAGUCAUCAUGAUGAAGUUGAUACUAGUGAUGUUGACCCUAUGGUUCAAGAAGCUCUUGAUGGUAUUGAAUUUGCAAGAGGUCCUACCACAUCAAGAUGGGGUGCAGUAAGGGCUUCUUUGGGUCACCCCAAACCUUUUGAUAUGCAAUAUGUUUCAAUUGGGAAUGAGGAUUGUGAUAAGAAGAAUUACCAAGGAAACUACCUCAAAUUCUAUAAUGCCAUAAAGCAUGCAUAUCCAGAUAUGCAAAUUAUAUCAAACUGUGAUGCCACUGAUAAACCAUUGAAGCAUCCAGCAGAUUUGUAUGACUUCCAUAGAUAUUUAAGUGCCAAGACUUUCUUCUCAAUGUACACUAAGUUUGAUAAUGUGCCUCGUUCCGGCCCUAAAGCAUUUGUUAGUGAAUACGCCGUUACUGGUAAAGAUGCAGGAAGUGGAAGUCUCCUAUCUGCAUUGGGCGAAGCCGCAUUCCUUAUGGGAUUAGAGAAAAAUAGUGAGGUUGUUGAAUUGGUUAGCUACGCACCGCUCUUUGUUCAUACAAAUGAUAGAAGGUGGAUGCCCGAUGCUAUUGUAUUUAAUUCUCAUCAAAGUUAUGGAACCCCAAGCUAUUAUCUACAAAAACUAUUCUCAGAAUCUAGUGGAGCAACAUAUUUGAACUCAACACUUCAAGCUUCUUCAUCAGUUGUUGCAUCUGCAAUUGCUUACACGAGUUCAGUAGACAACAAGAGUUACAUAAGAGUAAAGGUUGUGAACUUCAAUGACAAUCCAGCCACUUUCAAGAUCACUUUCAAUGGUUUAGACGCAAAUGCAAAACUAUCUAAGGCUACAAAGACGGUGCUUACAUCUCCUAAUGUGAAGGAUGAGAAUUCCUUCAAAGAGCCUUCAAAGAUAACUUUGGUGCAAAGUCCUUUGGAGAUUGCUGGAAAGGACUUGACUUUCAAGCUUCCUCCAAAUUCAGUCACAGCUUUUGAUUUUCCAAAGUGA